AUCAACUUUCACCGGGUGCAGAACACGCUUACACGGCGCCCCGGGCGAGAUUAAUCUAAUCCCCUCAGUGUCCCUGCGGGGCACCUGGCUCAUGCCCGGGAGCCAGCCCGGUUGCAACCAACUUUCAGGCGAUGCAAAACACGCCUACACGGGCGCCCGGGCGAGAUUAAUCGAGCCCCCUCAGUAACUUCAGAAGCUUUGAGUGACAAGUUACGUCAUUUGCAAGAGGGAAAGCAUCUUGUUGCCUUGUAUUCGGACGUUAGCAUAGCAUGCUUGUAGCUAGCUAGCUAACCCAGAAAGAUUGACAGUUAAAGACAGCUAAACAUCGAGGACUUCGGAUUGUGCCACCAUGUUGGUGCCUAUAUUCACCCUCAAACUGAACCAUAAAAUCAACCCUCGCAUGGUUACAAUGGGCAAGUUUGAUGGGAUCCACCCAUGCCUCACUGCAGCCACACAAGCAGGGAAGGUGUUCAUCCAUAACCCUCACACGCGUGGCCAGCGGCAGGCAGCCCAUCGUCUGAGUCAGAGUGCCCAGGAUUCGGACAUCUCUCUGCUCAAUAUCAACCAGGCUGUGAGCUGCCUGACAGCUGGCACAUUAGGACCCAACACCACUGGAGACACGCUCCUCGUGGGCACCCAGACAAACCUGCUGGCUUAUGACGUACACGACAAUGCUGACAUCUUCUACAGAGAGGUGACAGAUGGGGCCAAUGCCAUUGUUUUAGGGAAAUUGGGGAACAUUGAGUCCCCCCUCGCCAUCAUCGGAGGAAACUGCGCUUUACAAGGAUUUGACUAUGAGGGGAACGACCAGUUCUGGACGGUCACGGGGGAUAAUGUGCGAUCAUUGGUGCUCUGUGAUUUUACUGGUGAUGGAAAAAAUGAGCUUCUUGUCGGAUCAGAGGACUUUGACAUUAGGGUAUUCAAAGAAGACGAACUUGUGUCUGAGAUUGCUGAAAAUGAGACGGUUACCUCCCUCUGUCAUAUGCAUGGCAGCAGGUUUGGUUAUGCUCUGGCCAACGGCACUGUGGGUGUAUAUGACCGCACUGCCCGCUACUGGAGAAUCAAGUCUAAGAACCAUGCAAUGAGCAUCCAUGCAUUUGACCUUAACGCUGACGGUGUUGUAGAACUCAUCACAGGCUGGUCCAAUGGAAAGAUUGAUGCACGGAGCGAUCGAACAGGUGAAGUCAUCUUCAAAGACAACUUCUCGUCCUCUGUGGCUGGAGUGGUGGAGGGGGACUAUCGCAUGGAUGGACAGAUCCAGCUCAUCUGUACCUCUGUGGAGGGAGAAGUGCGUGGCUACCUGCCUGCCAGUAAGGAGAUGAAGGGGAACCUGAUGGACUCCAGUUUGGAGCAGGAUCUGAUCCGAGAGCUGAGUCAGCGCAGGCAGAACCUGCUACUGGAACUACGCAACUAUGAGGAGAAUGCCAAGCAGGCUGUCCCAGGAGCUUCAGAAAGGGACACCCAGAUGGGGGUGAUACCAGCCAAUACCCAGCUCCAGACUGCCCUCUCUGUCAGAGCUGCCACGGAGUCCCAGAGGUCACACAUAGAGCUCAGCAUCUCCACGCCCAAUGAGACCAUCAUUCGAGCCGUGCUGAUUUUCGCUGAGGGAAUUUUUGAGGGUGAAAGUCAUGUGGUACACCCCAAUGCCCAGAAUCUGUCUGGUUCUAUCCAUGUUCCCAUUAUUCCUCCCAAAGAUAUCCCUGUGGAUCUACACAUCAAAGCUUUUGUUGGCGGCAAGAGCAGCAGUCAGUUCCACGUCUUUGAGAUCACACGUCAGCUGCCUCGCUUCUCCAUGUAUGAUCUUAAUGUUGAUCCUGAGGCCCCCCAACCUACUGGGAAAGUUACCUUCACCAUCAAUGACAGGCCACAGAGAGUGGUCAUGUGGCUGAACCAGAACUUCCUUCUACUGGAGGGCAUUGAUACCCCAGAUGUGACGUUCACCUCUCUGCGUGCCAGGGGACUACUCACCAUCAGCAUGCUAAGCACCAGUGGAGAGAUCACACUAAACACAGACGACAUAGACCUGGCAGGGGAUCUAGUCCAAUCACUGGCCUCCUUCCUGGCCAUAGAGGACCUACAGGCAGAGGCAGACUUCCCCACAUACUUUGGGGAGCUGCGAACGACCCUAACUGAGGUAGAUGACUAUCACUCUGUCCACCAAAAGCUGACGGCGGCCAUAGCAGAUCAUUCUAAUCACAUCCGCAACAUGCUGGUGCAGGCAGAGGACGCACGGCUCAUGGGUGACAUAAGGAACAUGAAGAAGCGCUACAUUGAGCUCUAUGACCUGAACAGAGACCUGAUCAAUGAGUAUAAGAUCCGAUCCAACAAUCACAAUGCUCUCCUCGCCUGCCUUAAGUCUGUCAACCAGGCCAUUCAGAGGGCAGGGAGACUGAGAGUGGGAAAGCCAAAGAAUCAGGUUAUCACAGCCUGCCGAGAUGCUAUCAAAAACAACAAUGUCAAUGCCCUGUUCAAGAUCAUGAGAGCAGGCACAGCCUCUUCCUGAGGGCACCCCACUGUGGUUGCCUGAAAUCCUGAAGGGAUUGGAAUCCCUGAGAGGGCAGCCUUGGGGGAGCAAGGGGAGGAGGCGUUUACAAGAGUGAAGAAAGACUAGUUCUCUAGUGGCAAGGCCAGAAGAAGGAACAGGCCACACCUGCAGCCCCAGGUGCCAUUGGGCAGCAGUGAUGUUUUAGAGGAGUCAGUGGGUGGGAGUAACUGUCAACUUGUAGAUGUUGUUUUGUAGCCAAAGAACUAUACUCCAUGAAUGUUAAAUGGGACCAGCAGAGUGAGAUACAUGUUUACUUUUUGUAGAUUGUAAAUAGACAGGGAACUUUAUUAUGUGUGUGUGCAGAAAUAAACUCAAUUAAAUUACUGUGUCUUAUAACUUAA